UGAUGUUAUGUUUGAUUUCAAAGAAUUACGUAUAAGUUAUAAAUUACGAAAAUUAUCACAAAAUGUAAAAAAGGGACCGGUGAAUACAUAUAAUCUAAAUGGGUGUUUUAAAGUAGGCCUGAUGUUAAAAUACAAAUUAAAAACGCAAAGCGCAAUGUCUUUCACAACUGCAUUAUCAAAACGCAAGAAUACUUUGUAAACAGAAUCCAAGUUUUUGGAGUUUUCACUUCGCUUGGUUUCCGAGUCAAACGCGCACCUUAGGUACCUUUUUAUUUACUAAUUUCCUGCAACCAAUAAUUGCAAUCGACGACCUGGCAUUCAAACGGACUUUUGACGGACAUUCCACAUACGCGACUGGCAAUUAAUAGGACUCCGACAAUUACUGCAGCACUCACGACGACCUGGCUUGGAUUUGGACUCGAAAAUCUGCUACGAUUUGAUACGCCGUACCGUACGCUUUCGAAAACAGAAGUAAUGCAGAAAAAUGUCGCCCACGUGUUCGUAUUACCAAUGCAAGGCCAUGACCGGUCAGAAGUCGAUGUUCCGCUUCCCAACUGGCGACAGUGCUCGAUUGCAAACUUGGAUUGACAACUGUGGUAACAUUAUGACCAUUGCCCACUUGUCUCGAGAUGCUCUUCGACACAAAUAUAUCUGCAUUGAUCAUUUCGAAAAGCGGUUCAUUCAACAGGAAGAUGGUAAACAUAAAAGAUUGAAUAAGUUAGCCGUACCUGUCCAUUACAAAGGAGAUCAAUCGACAGAGAACUUCCCAGAUUCACCAGUUGCAUCAACAUCAGAAGGCCAAGGACCGACAGAAUUAAAAGUAUUAACACCAAAAAAGUUUACCCUGGUGUUAAAAAUCAAGAAAAAAAUGAGGAGGAAGGCGAUUUAUAUGACACAGAAAUAUUUACGACACCGAAAAAACGCAAGCGACUAGCCGAUAGCGACACACCGAAUUGUAAAAGAUUAAAAACUUUUAUUGAAGAUACCAAAGAAAGAAAGAAUGAAGCAUAGGCGAUUGCAGAAAAAAAUUCAGAAUAAGAAAUUAAUAAAUUUAAGCGCUAAAUCUAUUCCUAAUCAUUCGACACCCUUCCUGUGGAAGGGUGCAUGUGAGAGUUCUCGUCCGCAUUUCUGCUUUGGAGACUGUCGCGCCUCACCGUGUAGGGCGAUCAUCCGUUGUCGUGUCUUGGCUAUGGACAGCUGUGCGUCUGUGAAGCGAGGCCCAGUUCCUGACUAUGCCACUGUCCCACCUACCCGCUACUACGCUCAGGAGGCUAUGAGUGUGGCGGCUGACGCAGACUUUGUAGAGCGUCGCGGCGCAGCGCUUGUGUGGCGUCGCAUGGAAACCGUCCAGCCGUCCACGUGCGCGUGCGCAAACAUGCCAGACGUUCAGGGUGCUGCCGCGGCAGCCGCAACAGCACCCUGAAUGCGUCAUUAUAUUGAACCUGCAAUGUAUUCAGUGAGCGAGCGAGCCUAUAACACAAAUAAGGUAAUCAAAUGCUUAUAAGGGAUUUGAGGCAUUAAAUGACAGGUUGUCUUCUCCACGGUUAUCUUUAGCUAUCAAAAAUAAACAUA